AUGUGGAUCUACGGCACCAUCUCCAAAUCGAUCCUCGACACUGUUCUCAAGACCAAGGCUACUGACCGUGAGCUUUGGCUCACCAUCGAAGAGCUCUUCCGCGACAACAAAGAAGCCUGCGCUAUGCACUAUGACACAGAACUGCGGACCCUCACGAUUGGCGAUUCCAGCGUAGCAGAGUAUAGCAAACGCCUUAAGACAAUUUCUGAUCUCCUCGCUAACGUCAACUCACCUGUUACCGAUCGUCAGCUCGUCAUGUACUUGCAGAACGGUCUGACGAACAAAUUCGACUCCAUCAUCAACGUGAUCAAGCACAAGACUCCAUACCCCUCUUUCACCGUCGCUCUCUCAAUGUUACAAUUGGAGGAGGACUGUCUCUCGACGCAUGUGAAACCUGCCGUUAGCCCACCAUCAAACACAUCAUCGUGA